GAUCGUGAAAACAGCUCUUAGACCAUUUUGAAUUGCUGCGCUAUGAAGAUCACCCUGGUUCACUUUUGCGUCGUUACGCUUGUGCUGCUGAUGUGCUGCUUCACUGUGGAAGCAACAAUGGCGAGGACAAAGAAGUGUAAGCCCCCUCUUAAGUAUGCCCCGAAGCUCAAAAAAUGCAUUAAAGUCAAGCCGAAGAAGAAGACAACUCCUGCUGCAGGAUCUGCAACUAGCACGCCUGCUGCAACAACUGCAGCUGCUGCCUAAAUAAUUAACCUUUAAUCGUCCAUCAUGAAUUAAUAAACGGGAGGUGAAUAGCA